CGGAGUCCGAUGUUGUGCAGAACACGGAUGCAGCAGGCUAGAUGACGCGAUGGCAGCAUCGUCCAUGGUUUUCUCCGGAAUUUGUGUGGCUGUGAAGUAGCCGUUAGUCUGUAGGAAGCUGUGAACGCCUGCCAGUGUUUCCAUGGCCGUCAGCUGAUGGGUGAAGCGAUGCGGCAACACUGGCUGCUCCUUGGGGCUUGCGGCUGGGUGCUGCUCAUCCUCAUGUUUGUCAGCAAAUUAAUUAGCUUCAGAGCUGUAGAUGACUAUGGGGAUAGGGUUGGUGGUCACAGUGGUACAGUUCCAGGCACCAGGGUGGCGGAAAAAACAGUUCUAAAGCCAUCCAAUCAGCCCUCAGCUGUGCCUACAGUUUCAGACUGGCAGUCAGUCAAUGAGAAGCGAAUCGAGUUGCAAUCAGCUGUAUGUAAGAACAGCAGCCUCAGAAAUUUGACUCACGUCUCCAUCAGCAAGUUUGUCCUGGACCGCAUUUUUGUCUGCGACAAACAUAAGAUCUUGUUCUGCCAGACGCCUAAAGUGGGCAACACGCAGUGGAAGAAGGUCCUCAUUGUGCUCAAUGGAGCAUUCUCCACCGUGGAGGAGAUCCCAGAAAGCCUUGUUCACGACCACGAGAAGAAUGGCCUGUCUCGUCUCUCAUCACUCACGCCACAGGAAAUUACUCACAGAUUAAGCACUUACUUUAAGUUUUUCAUCGUGAGAGAUCCCUUUGAGCGGCUCAUUUCUGCAUUCAAGGACAAGUUUGUAAGGAACCCACGAUUUGAGCCUUGGUAUAAGCAUGACAUCGCUCCAGCCAUCAUCCGGAAGUACCGCAAGAGCCACCGUCCCAGCGACCUUGCCGCCUCGGGCCUGCAUUUCGAGGACUUUGUCCGUUACUUGGGUGAUGUCGAAGGGCGUCGCCGCAUGGAUCGACAGUUUGGCGAGCGCAUUAUUCACUGGGUGACUUACGCAGACUUGUGCGCACCGUGUGAAAUAGACUACAACGUAGUGGGCCACCAUGAGACACUGGAACAAGACGCCCCGUACAUCCUCAAAGCAGCUGGCAUCGACCAGCUGGUGUCCUACCCAGCCAUUCCACCCGGCAUCACCCGCUACAACAGAACCAAGGUGGAGCACUACUUCUCAGGCAUCAGCAAGCGGGACAUCAGGCGUCUUUAUGCACGUUACCAGGGUGACUUCCAGCUAUUUGGUUACCCAAGGCCAGACUUUCUACUGAACUAAAAUCAUUAACACUGACUAAAAGACAUGUUUACAUUAAAAAAUCCUCUCAAAAUGUUUGGUUUAAUGAGGUGGAUUGUAGCUGACUGACAGGUUGGUACGCAGUAUAUUGAACACUGUAACGUAAACAAAUUCUGGCUGUUGACAAGUUUUUAUGAGAGCCGUCAGUACAUUUGGAACGUCAUGAUACACUGAAGUGAGAAAGAAAGUGUUGCUGCAAAAGAUAUGACGUGAGAGCAGACCACACAGUUACAUCAUGAGAUUCAGCACCAAUUAAAACCUGCAGAGUUUAUCAUUUUGCGUGAGGAAAAAACAGUUAACAUAAAAGUCAAAUACAGGUACAGGUCAAAUGAAGACAUUUGUUAUUAAAUAUUUAAUGUUAGUGACUUAAUUAUCCACGUAUGUCAAAGAGGUGUACUUAGUGAUGCCAGGGAUGCAGGCUUGUUACCCUGUAAUGUAGCUGUUUUACUGCACUGUAUUGACCACCAGGGGAAAGCAAUGGACAAUGCUAUGAGUUUUGAUGUCUUGUCUUUGCUGUAUUUCUUGCCAUCACGCUGGACAUAGGCAAAAAUGAACCGUAUCAGGGACGCACAAGUGAAGUGAAGGACAAUAUAAGAAUAUAAUAUGAGCUGUUUAAACAUGUGCAACAUGUGCAAGCUACAAAUCUGCAUCAAGUUUUUACUUCCUUUGCCACUGAUUUUUGCUUUGUGCAAGGCAUAUCAAUGGCUCGUAAAUUACUCAUCGAUUUUCACAAAAUAGCAUCAGAGCAGUCCAAAAAUGCACUUUCACACUUCAUCAAAGACCUUGGUCCUACCUUAAUCCAUACUGUAGUCACUGUUUGGUUUUUUCUGCCUUUACUAAAACUGACAAAAGGUAUAAAAUGUUUAUUUCACUUUAUUUAUUCAGGUGUAAUCAGCACUGAGACAUUGAAGGAAAUUGGCACAGGAUUUUCAAAGUUCAUUUUUUAAAAUGAGAAAUGUACUGUGUAAAUGUUCUUAACAUGACUUGCAACUCAACAUUUGUAUUACAUGUUGCUAUUUAUAUAAUAUCAUUAACCUGCUGACUGGUGGCGCAAAGUGUCUCUGUUGUAAGAUGGUACUGCCUCCCACCUGGUGACCUUCUGGACAGGUGAUCAUAACACAAGGACAACACUAGUUAGUAAUAAAGUUUCAUGUGAA